AUGGCCGGGAUGGAGAGUUCCAGCCGCCUCUCUGGGCCGGAAUCCAAGGUGAAGGCACAGGAGCCAGGGGACCAGCUGCUCAGUGCCCGGGUCUUUUUUGACAAUUUCAAGUACGAAGAUGCCCUCCGUUUGCUACAGUGUGCCGAACCCUAUAAGGUCUCCUUCUGCCUCAAGCGGACCGUGCCCACCGGGGACCUGGCCUUGCGUCCAGGCACCGUGGCAGGCUACGAGAUCAAGGGCCCCCGGGCCAAGGUGGCCAAGCUGAACAUCCAGAGCCUGUCCCCAGUGAAGAAGAAGAAGGUCCUAGCUGUGUCUGGGGCCCCGGGGAUCCCCUCAGAUCUGGCCCCUGUUGAUGUUGAGUUCUCCUUCCCCAAGUUUUCAAGGCUGCGACGGGCAAAGGCCGAGGUGGCUCCGGGGCCCACGCUGCCCGCCCCUACCCGUCGACGCUUGCGCCUCCCCCGGCUGCGGGUCAGGGAAGUGGCUGGUCCCGUUCCAACUGCUGAGCCGGGGGUCCAGGUGUCUCACCUGGCCGCCAUUCCCUUCCUCGGGAGCAGGAAGGCCAAGGUGGAGGGAACCCUGGCUGGAGUGGAAGCACCCUUUGGUGCCCAUUUUGUGACCCCCCAACUAGAGCUGGUUGGGCCUCAGAGGGCAGGUGCUGAGGUGGUGGCUGAAGUUCCAGAGCCUUCAGGCACUGGAUUUGGCCUCCAUCUGCCCACAUUUGGCCUUACGGCCCCAGCAGCACCUGCGCCUGAGGUGGCCCCAGGGGGGAUCCAGGUGCCCCAGGUGGAGUUGCCUAGCCUCACCCAGUUGCCUUGCCUGGAGGCCAGAGAAGGUGGGGCCAUUACGGCACCUACCCUAGAUGUAUCUGUGCCAUCCAUGGAGGUGGACCUCGCCCUGCCCGGAGCUGAGGCUGAAGUCAGGGGAGAAGGGCCUGAGGUCGCUUUAAAGGUGCCCUGGCUCACCUUCCCCCGCUUUGGUGCUCGGGGGAAGGAAGGGAUAGGGCCCGACAGCGAGGGGAAAGUUGGCAAAAGAGUAAAGGUCAGUCCCGAGGCCAGGGUCAAGGGACCCAAGCUGCGGAUGCCCACUUUUGGGCUCUCUCUGCUGGAGUCACGGCCAGCUGCACCCGAGCCCACUGUAGAGGGCAAGUUGAAACUUCCCACCCUCAAGAUGCCUUCUUUUGGCAUUGGGGUGUCUGGGGCUGAAGUUAAGCUGCCCAAGGGCCCAGAGAUGAAGCUGCCAAAAGUUCCUGAGGUAAAGUUGCCAAAGGGGGCAGAUGUACAGCUCCCCAAAGUACCAGAGAUGAAGCUGCCCAAGGGGCCGGAGGUGUCCAUCCCAGAGGUGCACCUUCCAGACGUCCAGCUCCCAAAGGUGCCUGAGAUGAAGCUGCCCAAGGGGCCGGACAUGUCUAUCCCAGAGGUGCACCUUCCAGAGGUCCAGCUCCCAAAGGUGCCUGAGAUGAAGCUGCCCAAAGGGCCGGACAUGUCUAUCCCAGAGGUGCACCUCCCAGAAGUCCA